GGAUUACCCAGCGGCUGCUAACCCCUCUCCUCGCCCUGCUCCCCCAAAUCGGCGUGACUCCCGGGCACCAAGUUGCUGACUACGGAGGAGCAGGAUUCGCACAGCUGGAGGGUUUUGGCAACAGAGUGCCUGACCUAGGUCAGGCUUUUCGAGAAAGACAUGUCUGACAAGAUGUCUAGUUUCCUACAUAUUGGAGACAUUUGUUCUCUGUACGCGGAAGGAUCGACAAAUGGAUUUAUUAGCACCUUGGGUCUGGUUGACGAUCGCUGUGUUGUCCAGCCAGAAGCUGGGGACCUUAAUAAUCCACCCAAGAAAUUCAGAGAUUGCCUCUUUAAGCUAUGUCCCAUGAAUCGCUACUCUGCCCAGAAGCAGUUCUGGAAAGCUGCCAAGCCAGGGGCCAACAGCACAACAGAUGCCGUAUUGCUCAACAAAUUGCACCAUGCUGCAGACUUGGAAAAGAAGCAGAAUGAGACAGAAAACAGGAAAUUGCUGGGGACCGUAAUCCAAUAUGGCAACGUGAUCCAGCUCCUGCAUUUGAAAAGUAAUAAAUACCUAACUGUGAAUAAGAGGCUUCCGGCUCUGCUGGAGAAGAACGCCAUGAGAGUGACUUUGGACGAGGCUGGAAAUGAAGGGUCCUGGUUUUAUAUUCAGCCGUUUUACAAGCUGCGAUCCAUCGGAGACAGCGUGGUCAUUGGUGACAAGGUUGUACUGAACCCCGUCAAUGCUGGCCAGCCCCUACAUGCCAGCAGCCAUCAGCUGGUGGAUAACCCGGGCUGCAACGAGGUCAAUUCUGUCAACUGCAAUACAAGCUGGAAAAUAGUCCUUUUCAUGAAAUGGAGUGACAACAAAGAUGACAUCCUGAAGGGGGGUGAUGUGGUAAGGCUGUUCCAUGCAGAGCAGGAGAAGUUUCUUACCUGCGAUGAGCACAGGAAGAAACAGCAUGUCUUCCUGAGAACCACCGGCCGGCAGUCGGCCACAUCUGCCACGAGUUCAAAAGCCCUGUGGGAAGUGGAGGUAGUUCAACAUGACCCGUGUCGGGGCGGAGCAGGAUAUUGGAACAGCCUCUUCCGUUUCAAGCAUCUUGCUACAGGGCAUUACUUAGCAGCAGAGGUAGACCCUGACUUUGAGGAAGAAUGCCUGGAGUUUCAGCCCUCAGUGGACCCUGAUCAGGACGCCUCUCGAAGCAGGUUGCGAAAUGCCCAAGAAAAGAUGGUGUACUCCCUAGUUUCUGUGCCUGAAGGCAACGACAUCUCCUCCAUUUUUGAGCUAGACCCCACCACUCUCCGUGGAGGUGAUAGCCUUGUUCCAAGAAACUCCUAUGUCCGGCUCAGACACCUGUGCACUAAUACCUGGGUUCACAGCACAAAUAUCCCCAUCGACAAGGAAGAAGAGAAACCCGUGAUGCUGAAAAUUGGCACUUCCCCUGUGAAAGAGGAUAAGGAAGCAUUUGCCAUAGUUCCAGUUUCCCCUGCUGAGGUUCGGGACCUGGAUUUUGCCAAUGAUGCCAGCAAAGUGCUGGGUUCCAUAGCUGGGAAGCUGGAGAAGGGCACCAUCACCCAGAAUGAAAGAAGGUCUGUAACCAAGCUGCUGGAAGACUUGGUUUAUUUUGUCACCGGUGGCACUAACUCUGGUCAAGAUGUACUUGAAGUGGUCUUCUCCAAGCCUAACAGAGAACGGCAGAAGCUGAUGAGAGAACAGAAUAUUCUCAAGCAGAUCUUCAAGCUGUUACAAGCACCAUUCACAGACUGUGGCGAUGGCCCCAUGCUGCGGCUGGAGGAGCUUGGGGACCAGCGGCACGCCCCUUUCCGACAUAUCUGCCGGCUCUGCUACAGGGUCCUGAGACACUCCCAGCAAGACUACAGGAAAAACCAGGAGUAUAUAGCCAAGCAGUUUGGCUUCAUGCAGAAGCAGAUUGGCUAUGAUGUGUUGGCCGAAGACACCAUCACCGCCUUGCUUCACAAUAACCGAAAACUCCUGGAAAAACACAUCACCGCCGCUGAGAUCGACACAUUUGUCAGUCUGGUGCGGAAGAACAGGGAGCCCAGAUUCUUAGAUUAUCUCUCUGACCUCUGUGUGUCCAUGAACAAAUCGAUCCCAGUGACCCAGGAACUGAUAUGUAAAGCCGUGCUGAAUCCAACCAAUGCCGACAUCCUGAUUGAGACCAAGUUGGUUCUUUCUCGUUUUGAAUUUGAGGGCGUUUCCACUGGAGAGAAUGCUCUGGAGGCAGGAGAAGAUGAAGAGGAGGUGUGGCUCUUCUGGAGGGACAGCAGCAAGGAGAUUCGCAGCAAGAGUGUCAGGGAACUGGCACAGGAUGCCAAAGAAGGACAAAAGGAAGACCGAGACGUUCUCAGCUACUACAGGUAUCAGUUGAACCUCUUUGCUAGGAUGUGUCUGGACCGCCAAUACCUGGCCAUCAAUGAAAUAUCAGGCCAGCUGGAUGUUGAUCUCAUUCUCCGCUGCAUGUCUGACGAGAACCUGCCCUAUGACCUGAGGGCGUCCUUCUGCCGUCUUAUGCUUCAUAUGCACGUGGACCGAGAUCCCCAGGAACAAGUCACGCCUGUGAAAUACGCCCGCCUGUGGUCUGAGAUUCCCUCAGAGAUCGCCAUUGACGACUAUGACAGUAGUGGAACUUCUAAAGAUGAAAUUAAGGAGAGGUUUGCACAAACCAUGGAAUUUGUGGAGGAGUAUUUAAGAGAUGUGGUUUGUCAGAGGUUUCCUUUCUCUGAUAAGGAGAAAAAUAAGCUUACCUUUGAGGUUGUAAAUUUAGCGAGGAAUCUCAUAUACUUUGGUUUCUACAACUUCUCUGACCUUCUCCGAUUAACCAAAAUACUCCUGGCCAUACUGGACUGCGUGCACGUGACGACCAUUUUCCCCAUUAGCAAGAUGGCAAAAGGAGAAGAGAAUAAAGGCAGUAACGUAAUGCGGUCCAUCCAUGGGGUCGGAGAGCUGAUGACCCAGGUGGUGCUCCGGGGAGGAGGCUUUUUACCCAUGACUCCCAUGGCUGCUGCCCCUGAGGGCAACGUGAAGCAGGCAGAGCCAGAGAAGGAGGACAUCAUGGUCAUGGACACCAAGUUGAAGAUCAUCGAAAUACUUCAGUUUAUUUUGAAUGUGAGGUUGGAUUAUAGGAUCUCCUGCCUCCUGUGUAUAUUUAAGCGAGAGUUUGAUGAAAGCAAUUCCCAGACUUCGGAAACAUCCUCCGGAAACAGCAGCCAAGAGGGGCCAAGUAACGUACCAGGUACUCUUGACUUUGAACACAUUGAAGAGCAAGCAGAAGGCAUCUUUGGAGGAAGUGAGGAGAAUACCCCCCUGGACUUGGACGACCACGGCGGCAGAACCUUCCUCCGAGUCUUGCUGCAUUUGACGAUGCACGACUACCCACCCCUGGUCUCGGGAGCCCUGCAGCUCCUCUUCCGGCACUUCAGUCAGAGGCAGGAGGUCCUGCAGGCCUUCAAACAGGUCCAGCUGCUUGUUACCAGCCAAGAUGUGGACAACUACAAACAGAUCAAACAAGACUUGGACCAGCUGAGAUCCAUCGUGGAAAAGUCGGAGCUCUGGGUGUACAAAGGGCAGGGCCCUGAUGAGGCCAUGGACGGUGCCUCUGGUGAAAAUGAACAUAAGAAAACAGAGGACGGGAAUAACAAGUCACAAAAGCAUGAGAGCACCAGCAGCUACAACUACAGGGUGGUAAAAGAGAUUCUGAUCCGCCUCAGCAAACUCUGUGUCCAGGAGAGUGCAUCCGUGAGGAAAAGCAGGAAGCAGCAGCAGCGGCUUCUACGGAACAUGGGCGCGCACGCCGUGGUGCUGGAGCUGCUGCAGAUCCCCUACGAGAAGGCUGAAGAUACCAAGAUGCAGGAGAUAAUGAGGCUGGCUCACGAAUUCCUACAGAAUUUCUGUGCAGGCAACCAGCAGAAUCAAGCCUUGCUACACAAACACAUAAACCUGUUUCUCAACCCAGGGAUCCUGGAGGCGGUCACCAUGCAGCACAUCUUCAUGAACAAUUUCCAGCUCUGCAGUGAGAUCAACGAGCGGGUUGUCCAGCAUUUUGUUCAUUGCAUUGAGACCCACGGUCGAAACGUCCAGUACAUAAAAUUCUUGCAGACGAUCGUCAAGGCAGAAGGGAAAUUCAUCAAAAAGUGCCAAGACAUGGUCAUGGCUGAGCUCGUUAAUUCGGGAGAAGACGUCCUCGUGUUCUACAACGACAGAGCCUCUUUCCAGACCCUGAUCCAGAUGAUGAGGUCAGAGCGGGACCGGAUGGACGAGAACAGCCCUCUUAUGUAUCACAUCCACCUGGUGGAGCUCUUGGCCGUGUGCACUGAGGGCAAGAACGUCUACACGGAGAUAAAGUGCAACUCCCUGCUGCCGCUGGAUGACAUCGUCCGCGUCGUGACCCACGAGGACUGCAUCCCCGAGGUUAAAAUUGCAUACAUUAACUUCCUUAAUCACUGCUAUGUGGAUACGGAGGUGGAAAUGAAGGAGAUUUACACCAGCAAUCACAUGUGGAAAUUGUUUGAGAAUUUCCUCGUGGACAUCUGCAGGGCCUGUAACAACACCAGUGACAGGAAACAUGCAGACUCCAUUUUGGAGAAGUAUGUUACUGAAAUUGUCAUGAGUAUCGUCACCACUUUCUUCAGUUCUCCCUUCUCGGACCAGAGCACGACGCUGCAGACUCGCCAGCCGGUCUUUGUGCAACUGCUGCAAGGUGUGUUCAGGGUUUACCACUGCAACUGGUUAAUGCCGAGCCAAAAAGCCUCCGUGGAGAGCUGUAUCCGGGUGCUCUCUGAUGUAGCUAAGAGCCGGGCCAUCGCUAUUCCUGUGGACCUGGACAGCCAAGUCAACAACCUCUUUCUGAAGUCCCACAACAUCGUACAGAAAACUGCCAUGAACUGGCGGCUGACUGCCCGCAAUGCGGCUCGCAGAGACUCUGUUCUGGCGGCUUCUAGAGACUACCGGAAUAUCAUUGAGAGAUUGCAGGACAUCGUCUCGGCCCUGGAGGACCGUCUAAGGCCCCUGGUCCAGGCAGAGUUAUCUGUGCUCGUGGAUGUGCUCCACAGACCUGAGCUGCUUUUCCCAGAGAACACAGAUGCCAGGAGAAAGUGUGAAAGUGGUGGCUUCAUUUGCAAGUUAAUAAAGCAUACUAAACAGUUGCUAGAGGAGAAUGAGGAAAAACUCUGCAUUAAGGUCCUACAGACCCUCCGAGAAAUGAUGACCAAAGAUAGAGGCUAUGGAGAAAAGGGUGAGGCGCUCAGGCAAAUUUUGGUCAACCGUUACUAUGGAAACAUCAGACCUUCAGGAAGAAGAGAAAGCCUCACCAGCUUUGGCAAUGGCCCGCUGUCACCAGGAGGACCCAGCAAGCCUGGGGGAGGAGGGGGAGGCUCUGGGUCCAGUUCCACGAGCAGGGGUGAGAUGAGCCUGGCUGAGGUUCAGUGCCACCUCGACAAGGAGGGUGCCUCCAAUCUGGUCAUUGACCUCAUCAUGAACGCAUCCAGUGACCGAGUGUUUCAUGAAAGCAUUCUCUUGGCCAUCGCCCUCCUGGAAGGAGGCAACACCACCAUACAGCACUCCUUUUUCUGCCGGUUAACAGAAGACAAGAAGUCAGAAAGAUUCUUCAAAGUCUUCUAUGACCGAAUGAAGGUGGCCCAGCAGGAAAUCAAAGCAACAGUGACCGUGAACACCAGUGACUUGGGGAAUAAAAAGAAAGAUGAUGAGGUAGACAGGGAUGCCCCAUCCCGGAAAAAAGCCAAAGAGCCCUCAACACAAAUAACGGAAGAGGUCCGAGAUCAGCUCCUGGAGGCCUCUGCUGCCACCAGGAAAGCCUUCAGCACCUUCCGGAGGGAGGCUGACCCCGACGACCACUACCAGUCUGGGGAAGGCACCCAGGCCACAGCAGACAAGACCAAGGACGAGCUGGAGAUGAGCGCGGUCAUCACCAUCAUGCAGCCCAUCCUCCGGUUCCUUCAGCUCCUGUGCGAAAACCACAACCGGGACCUGCAGAACUUCCUUCGUUGCCAAAAUAACAAGACCAACUACAAUUUGGUGUGUGAGACACUGCAGUUCCUGGACUGUAUUUGUGGAAGCACUACUGGAGGUCUUGGUCUUCUCGGGCUCUAUAUAAAUGAAAAGAACGUCGCCCUCAUCAACCAAACCCUGGAAAGUCUGACCGAAUACUGUCAAGGACCAUGCCAUGAGAACCAGAACUGCAUAGCCACCCAUGAAUCCAACGGCAUUGACAUCAUCACAGCCCUGAUCCUUAAUGACAUCAAUCCUUUGGGAAAGAAGAGGAUGGACCUUGUAUUAGAACUGAAGAACAAUGCUUCCAAGUUGCUGCUGGCCAUCAUGGAGAGCAGGCACGACAGCGAGAACGCAGAGAGGAUCCUUUAUAACAUGAGGCCGAAGGAACUGGUGGAAGUGAUCAAGAAAGCCUACAUGCAAGGUGAGGUGGAAUUUGAGGAUGGAGAGAAUGGCGAGGACGGAGCUGCCUCCCCCAGGAACGUGGGACACAACAUCUACAUACUGGCUCAUCAGUUGGCUCGGCAUAACAAAGAACUUCAGACCAUGCUGAAACCUGGAGGCCAAGUCGAUGGGGACGAAGCUCUGGAGUUUUAUGCCAAGCACACAGCCCAGAUAGAGAUCGUCAGAUUAGACCGAACCAUGGAACAGAUUGUGUUCCCUGUGCCCAGCAUAUGUGAAUUCCUAACCAAGGAGUCGAAACUGCGGAUAUACUACACUACCGAGAGGGACGAGCAAGGCAGCAAGAUCAAUGACUUCUUCCUGCGGUCCGAGGACCUCUUCAAUGAAAUGAACUGGCAGAAGAAACUGCGAGCCCAGCCCGUUCUGUAUUGGUGUGCCCGAAACAUGUCUUUCUGGAGCAGCAUUUCAUUUAACUUGGCCGUCCUGAUGAACCUGCUUGUGGCGUUUUUCUACCCAUUUAAAGGAGUCCGAGGAGGAACACUGGAGCCACACUGGUCAGGACUGCUGUGGACAGCCAUGCUCAUCUCUCUGGCCAUUGUCAUUGCCCUCCCCAAGCCCCAUGGCAUCCGGGCCUUAAUUGCUUCCACAAUUCUCCGGUUGAUAUUUUCGGUUGGAUUACAACCCACGUUGUUUCUUCUGGGAGCUUUCAAUGUCUGCAAUAAAAUCAUCUUUCUAAUGAGCUUUGUGGGCAACUGUGGAACAUUCACCAGAGGCUACCGAGCCAUGGUUCUGGAUGUCGAGUUCCUUUACCAUUUGUUGUAUCUGCUGAUCUGUGCCAUGGGCCUCUUCGUCCACGAGUUCUUCUACAGUCUGCUGCUUUUUGAUUUGGUAUACAGAGAAGAGACUCUGCUUAAUGUCAUUAAAAGUGUCACUCGCAAUGGACGGUCCAUCAUCUUGACAGCAGUUCUGGCUUUGAUCCUGGUUUACCUGUUCUCGAUAGUGGGCUAUCUUUUCUUCAAAGAUGAUUUUAUCUUGGAAGUAGAUAGGUUGCCCAAUGAAACCGCUCUUCCAGAAGCCGGAGAGAGUUUGGCAAGCGAGUUCCUAUACUCUGACGUGUGUAGGGUGGAGCCUGGGGAAAACUGCUCCUCUCCGGCACCCAAAGAAGAGCUGGUCCUUGCGGAAGAGACGGAACAAGACAAAGAGCACACGUGUGAGACGCUGUUGAUGUGCAUCGUCACGGUGCUGAGUCACGGGCUGAGGAGCGGGGGCGGAGUAGGAGACGUGCUCAGGAAGCCAUCCAAAGAGGAGCCCCUCUUUGCCGCUAGAGUGAUCUAUGACCUCUUGUUCUUCUUCAUGGUCAUCAUCAUCGUCCUUAAUCUGAUUUUUGGGGUCAUCAUCGACACCUUUGCUGACCUGAGGAGCGAGAAGCAGAAGAAGGAGGAGAUCUUAAAGACCACGUGCUUUAUCUGCGGCUUGGAGAGAGACAAGUUCGACAACAAGACUGUCACCUUUGAAGAGCACAUCAAGGAAGAACACAACAUGUGGCACUAUCUGUGCUUCAUCGUGCUGGUGAAAGUGAAGGACUCCACGGAGUACACCGGGCCCGAGAGCUACGUGGCAGAAAUGAUCAAGGAAAGAAACCUUGACUGGUUCCCCAGGAUGAGAGCCAUGUCCUUGGUCAGCAGUGACUCUGAAGGAGAGCAGAAUGAGCUGAGGAACCUGCAGGAGAAGCUGGAGUCCACCAUGAAGCUGGUCACUAACCUUUCCGGCCAGCUGUCAGAAUUAAAGGAUCAGAUGACAGAACAAAGGAAGCAGAAACAAAGAAUUGGUCUUCUAGGACAUCCUCCUCAUAUGAAUGUCAACCCACAGCAACCAGCAUAAGCAAAUGAAAUAAAGGAAACUCCUGUAACUUUUAUAAUUAUUAUUAGUGUGGGUAUGGCUACUUAGUUCUGAUUCACCCACAAAGAUGACAUUAAUCCCUAGUACAUUUGUAAAUAAUCAGUUUUAUACUGUAUGUAUAUGAUUGCUACUCUAAAGGUUUGGAUAUACGUAUUGUAAUUAGAAUUGUUGGCAUGAUGAAAUUUCAUUUGUGCCAAAAAUAUUAAAAAUGCCUUUUUUGGAAGGACUAAAGAAAGCACCUGAUUUGCACUUGAACCAGAUUAUAGAUUUAAAGUAUACAACCUGUAUUUUGUAUUUAAAACUAGAAUAGCCAGUAUUUAUGUUUUUUAUAAAACUGUGCAAUACGAAUUAUGCAAUCACAAUGAAUUUGUAACUCCUGAGUGUCCGAAGGGAGCGCGCGUCUUUGAAGCCGGUGUGUGAAUACUGUGUAAUACAUGGUUAAAUAUCAAACGAUGCUGCUGCCACAAUCCUAGGACUAGAGCGUUUCCAGCCCCUGGGCAUUUCGUACCAUGUACUCAUCUGUGGUGAUACUGUUCUCGUUGCUAGUGGCAUUAGCGCCUCUGAUAGUGACAGUGCUCCAAGUCAGCAUUCAUCUUAAGAAAAGCAACUUUAGUUUCAAAGAUAAUUUUAAGCUUCUGAACUGAUCAUUUAAACUUUAAGAGAGCUAAAUUAGAAGCUCAGACUUUAGCUUGUGAAGUUAAUGAAUUUUUGAAAGGUAAAUUUUCAUGCAACAUUUGGAAUAAAUGCAUACUGCUGGCCAAUCAGUGUCGUCUCCAAGGUGAAUUUUGGUGUCACAGGAUAAAGAAAUGAAUAAUUGAUGGUGUCUAGAUUAUCUAGUCCAAACAGUAGAGUUGAUUUUUUUUCUUCCUCCGAACCAACAUGCUACAGUAGCUAAGUAUUUAAACUAUAUACAUCCAUAUAAAGAUGAAAUAUGAGCUAUCCCAUUAGAACUCAUAGUUGAACACUGACAUGUUAUUCUUGUGAAAGAGCCACAUUUUGGUUUUAUUUCCUUGUCACAUGAUUUCUUUCCUUGAUGGAUGAAAAGUAUGAAAGGAAACUUUUAUAUCUGUUGCCUAGUUUUGUACAUGGAUCUCAUUUUACAAGAGAAUCUCUCUGCCAAAAAAAAAAGUUUAAAAUGUACUGAAAGCAGAGUUCUGAAGUGAGUAAAGUUUGUAAAUGCAUAUAUGAAAAUAAAUAUUUAAUGAUGCA